UCAUCGUGGGGCCUACCACCACCAUCAUCACCGGGGGUGCCGCCAUCACCGGGGGUGCCACCAACGUCACCGGGGGGGCCACCACCGUUACCGGGGGGGCCACCAACGUCACUGGGGGGGCCACCAGGGGUCCCGCUGUCCCCGGGGGUGCCCCCGGGGGGUUCUCCGGGCCCGGUGCCGCUGCGGUUGGUGCGGGAGCAGAUGGCGGCGGCGCUAGGCCGGCUGCGGGAGCUGGAGGAGGAGGCCCGGGAGCUGCCGGGGCUGCGGCGCCACCUCCAACGGCUGCAGGAGGAGAAACGGCAGCUCCUGGAGAAGCUGCGGCGACGGGGGGGCUGCCGGUGCCGCUGCGGGUGCGGGUGUGGGGACGGGGAUGACGAAGGCUUCGGUGAGGAUGGUGGUGAUGGCGAUGGGGAUGGUGGUGAUGGGGCCGGCGGUGGGGCCGGUAACGGUUCUGGCAUCACCGGCCCCGGUACCGGCUCCGGCACCGGCUCCAUCAUCGGUUCUGGCAACGGUUCUGACAUCACCGGCCCCGGUAUCGGCUCCAGCAACAGUUCUGGCAUCACCGGCCCCGUUACCACCAGUUUGGGCAUCACCAGCCCCGGUACCGGUUCCAUCACCGGCUCUGGCAACGGUUCUGGCAACAGUUCCGGCAUCCCCGUUACCAGCUCCAGCACCAGUUCUGGCAUCACCGGCUCUGUCACCGGCUCCAUCACCGGCUCCAGCAUCAGUUCUGGCAUCAGUUCUGGCAUCACCAUCCCCGUUAGCACCAGUUCUGGCAUCACCGGCCCCAGUACCGGCUCCAUCAGCGCCUCCAGCAAUGGUUCUGGCAUCACCAUCCCCGUUACCGGCUCUAGCAACGGUUCUGGCAAUGGUUCUGGCAUCACCAUCCCCAUUAGCACCAGUUCUGGCAUCACCGGCCCCGUUAGCACCAGUUUGGGCAUCACCGGCCCUGGUACCAGCUCCGUCACCGGCUCCAUCACCAGCUCCGGUACCAGUUCUAGCAUCACCAUCCCCGUUACCGGCUCCGGCACCAGCUCCGUCACCAGCACUAACACCAGCACCAGCUCUGGCAUCACCGGCUCCAGCACCAACACCAGUUUGGGCAUCACCGGGCCCGUUACCGCCUCCACCACCAGCUCUGGCAUCACCGGCCCCGUUAGUAGCUCCAGCACCGCCACCAGCUCCAGCAUCACCGGAUCUAGCACCAGCACUGGAUUUGGCACCACCGUCCCCAUCACCGGCACCGGCUCCAUCAUCACCGGUACUGGCUCCAGCACUGGCACUGGCAUCACCGGUACCGGCUCUGGCAUCACUGUCCCCAUCACCAGCACCGGAUCUGGCAUCACCGGCACCGUCCCCAUCACCGGUACCGGCUCCAGCACCGGCACCAGCAUCACCAGUACCGGAUCUGGCAUCACCGUCCCCGUUACCGGCUCCGGCACCGGUUCUGGCACCAGUUUUGGCAUCACUGGCCCCGUUUCUGUCCCCAUCACCGGCCCCAUCACCGUCCCCAUCACCGGCUCCGGCCCCAGUUUUGGCAUCCCCGGCCCCGGCCCCGGCCCCGCGUGUACAGGCGUGUACGAGCACAUACAGCCGUGUAAAGACACGUACUGGCAGCUACAGCCAUGUAGUGACGUGUACGGUCACGCACAGCUGUGUAAAGGCGUGUACAGCCAUGUAAAGACAUGUACUGGCAGGUAG